AUGGGAGGCGAAAAACGGAAAAUAGAUAUUAAGUUUAUCGAAGACAAAGCAGUAAGAUCAGUUACGUUUUGUAAACGACGUGAUGGUCUCUUCAGCAAAGCUUCUGACCUCUGUCUUCUCUCGCCCGCCACUCAAAUCGCAAUCUUAGCGACUCCGCCUUCUACCAAUUCUCACGCUGGUUUCUACUCCUUUGGCCAUUCCUCUGUCGACUACGUCGUCUCUUCUCUACUUCACGACCAGUCUCCUGGUGAUCCGACAAACCAAGUAGAGAACAGAAGGUUAGGUUUUUGGUGGGAAGACCAAGCCUUGGAAAGAUUGGAGAGCGUCGACGAGUUGAGAGAUGCGACCGAUGCGGUUACUAGGAUGUUGAACAAUGUGAGGUUACGAUUAGAUGCCGUGAAGGGUAAUCAAAGAGGUGGAGCUUUAGUGAUCCAUCAAGAGGAGGCUCGGGCUCCUAAGAUUCGUAACACCAACAAGGAAAAAACGAAUCAAAUUACUAAUUCUGAAAGUGCUUGUGGUUUGGUGAUCCAUCAAGAUGAGGUCCCUCAGCUUUGUAACACCAACACGAACUACAAAAACGAAGAGACGACGACUCAAGUUGCUAAUUCUGAAGGUGCUUCUGGUUCUGGAAGUUCGGUAGAGAAAAAUGAUGAUAUUCUCCAUAUCGAUGAUUUGGAUAUUGAUGAUUUUUUUCAUUGA